AUGGUGGCCUGGCCUCCGUGCAUUACGGCACUCGGGAAUCCAGGGUGCCGUAAUGCACGGAGGCCAGGCCCUGGAAGGCAGGCCUGUCGCAGCAAAGUUGUACCGGGCUCAGCCACACCUGUACUCGAACAAAGACGACGACAUCAAGGCAUUGCGCACGGAGGCAGAAAGUCAAGCAAGCUGGCUCCGCUCAUGCUCCACGAAGUCACGGCUUGCAUCCCGCGCGGGCAUGAUCUCGCACACGAUUCAAUUGCAUGGAAGACAGUGCGCAGGAGAUCGGGAGAUCGCGGCAUGGCACAUGAUGAGAACAAGUUGGUCGAUUUUUUUCCCAGUCAUCGCUGUCCCGUCAAAGUGGAACGAACGCCCCGGGUGACCAACAUCCUGAGUAUCAGCUGCAAUGAAUGCAUCAAAGUAGCGGUUGGGCGGUCAUCUGCUGCCGAUGGGACAGUCCCAAAUGCUGGGCCUGUAAGCAGCAGCAGCUGCCAUCCGGUGGGCGAGGUGACUAUCCGUGUGAUCAUUGGUGGCUGUUUGUGGACCUGUAGCACGGCAGAUGAUUUAGACACAGCCUCAGUCCAUGCAUCUGCCAUGCUACCAGGACGGUUGUUUUUCCAAGGCCCCGCGCUGCCCCUGCGGGAACUCACGCCUUUCACUUGGGCUGCCGGUGUUGCAUCUGACAGGGACCUUGGGCAGGGGAGCUGGGGCAAGCUGGACUUGGCAGCGUCCACACAGGAACUCUUCAGGGUAAGGCUGUUGCCGUAUAGCAGUACCGGCAUCAGCCUGACCUCUACUGUUCACCACGUUCAGAUGCCUCUGCGUGUAACGCUUCUGGGUCCUGGUAGGAGCGUGGUGCAGGUUGGGCUGGUGCCGGUAUUGCUGUAUGGCCCGGCUUGCUCUCGAGGGCAAGCCGGUAGUGAGACAGACACCCUGAAAGGACCUGGCGCAGCAUGGGUCCCGUGGCUUCAGCGAAACUCGCCCCACGUGCAGUGGUGA